AAAGAUUCUUCCUUCUGUUUUGCAGGAGCCAUGCCUUCUUCAUUAGGUGCAUCACCCCCAAUCCCCAAAAGUUGUCAAACAUCUUUGAUGUGGAGUAUGUCACUUGUCAGCUGCGACAUUCUGGGAUACUGGAGGCUAUCCACAUUAGAAAGGAGGGAUACCCAGUCCGUCUUCCACUCCAGAAGUUCCUAGCCAGGUAUGGCCUCCUGGCUGGGCGAAGGCACAGUGGCUUGGAGGAGAGGGAAGGCUGUGCGGCAGUGCUGUCUCAUGUGGUGGGGAACCCCUCAGAUCUCUAUCAGAUUGGAGUAACAAAGGUCUUUCUAAAGGAGAAGGCCAGGCAGCUUCUGGAGAGACGAUGGAACCAGAGGCAGAGUUGGGCAAUUGUCACUCUGCAAAGGAACUUCCGACGUCUCCUUCGCCGCAGACGCCUCCGUGUCCUCCAGGAGAAAGUCACAAUCAUUCAGGCUCACUUCCGAGGUUACCAGGCAAGGAAACGUUACAGGAGGCUGAAGAAGACUUUGAUGCAAUUUAAUACCAUGAUUUUAAUCUCCAGGCAGUUGAUUCAAAGGAGGAAACACUGCCAGCAGGAGUUAGAGGAAAGGAAACCAAGGAGGAGGUCCCUGGCCAGUGGUGACACAGAGAGCAGUCCCAACCAAGGAAUGGAUGUGGGACUGCUGGAGAUCCCUGCAGAGCUUGCUGCCCUCCUGCAGUUAGCUGAAGGUCAAUAUAGAGCACAGGCCAACCAGAUAACUGAGGCAUUGCCUCCAGAAGUCAAGGUCAAAGAUGACCUUUCCCUCCCACCCACCAUCAACAGCUAUCCUUUCUCAUCCUUCAUUAAGUCACACUUCCAGAAGACAGAUUUCCCUGUCCCUGGUCAGCCUCUGCAGCAUCCCUUAACCCAUCUGGAUGCUGAAUACCAGGAGAGUGUGCUUGAGAUCAACAAACUGAUUUUGCGAUUCAUUGGUGACAAGAAUCUUCAUGGCUGGCAGGAGGUACUUCUGGGCAACUACAUUGCUGGGAGAGGUUUGAAUAACGUGGCUCUGCGCAAUGAAAUCUUCAGUCAGGUGGUUGCCCAGACAUGGAAAAACCCUGACAUGGAGCACAGCCAGAGAGCUUGGGUCCUGAUGGCAACUUUGCUGAGCUGCUUUGCCCCUUCACCAGCACUGGAGAAGCCAUUGCUGAAAUUUGUGUCAGAUCAUGGCAUGGAGGGCUACAAUGCUGUUUGCCAGCGCAAGAUCUUGACAGCAGCACAGUACACCGAGAUAGACUCUACAUGCUCUCGGGCCUACCCUCCCACUCAGCUGGAGUGGACUGCAAACCAGAGGAGAGGGAGGAUGGUGCUGGAUGUUUAUACCUUUAAUGAGGAGAAGUUCUCAGCUGAGGUGGAGUCCUGGAUGACUGGGGAGCAGUAUGCAGGCUGGCUCCUGAGUGCAAGGGGCUGCGAUAAGAAGCCUCGAGGGUGGUCUAUCUCCAUGUUUACUGGCAACACAUGGCAGGACCUGCUGGGCUGUGACUUUGUGCUGGACCUCAUUGGAGAGAUGGAGGAGGCCGGCAACCUCAGCAGCCCCUCUCAGUCCUCAGCUGAGUACCCCAUCACUCCUGAAAGGGACAGAAGCUUCCUCCAGAACUUUGACCUGGAUUCGAUCCCUCCUGCUCCAGGCAUCCGGGCCCCCACCUUCCCACCACCUAGUCUGCCUCCAGAAUUCAACAAUCUCCAUCCAGAUCCAAGAUUCAGCGAUGACCUGAGGACCCCCAUAGGCUUGGAUCACUAUGUGGAUGAUCUCUUCAGUCCUGUGCUGCACCAAGGCUCCAGAAUAUCAGAUAUGGAGAAUAGGGAGAUUCUGACUGGACACAUGAAAGGAGGUGGGAAGAUUGGACCCACACAGAGAGGAAUCUUUCCUUCUACAGACUUUUCCAUCAUCUCUAGCUAUUCCCUGGGCUUCUCUGGAAUGACUCAAGCACCAGUUUACCAGCCCAUGCCUUCGAUGAUGGGGAUGCCAGCAGCCAUGCCUGUGAUGCCAGCAGCUGGUGGGAUUGCACCUGUGCCAGCCAUGGUUAUGCCCCAGCCUGUGGUUCCAGCUGUAGAUCCCAAUCAGUUAGCAGCACAACAGCAAGCCUUUAUCAACCAGCAAGCCAUGCUAAUGGCCCAGCAGAUGACCCUUCAAGCCAUGAGCAUUUCCCAGCAGCAGCGGCAACAGUCUCUUGAGAACUCAAGGCCAAGAGUCUCAAGUCCACCACAAGCCCAAGCCCCAGUUCCAGCCUCGAUUCCAAUCCCAGCCACUUCCCCCAAACCCAAGAUGCAUCCCAGCAACCAGAAUGCUGCACCACCAGCAAAGGCUCCAGAACCGCCAGCUAAGGCAGAAGAAGCGGUUGAUGACUACACGGAAGACCAGUUCUCCAACAGUGAUGAUGAUGACUAUCCUAGGGAAACUUUCCAGCAGAAGAGAGAAUAUUUUCAGAAGAUGGGAGAGCAACAGAUCAGAGUGAAGCAAGUCAGGCCUCCUUCCAAAACCUGGACCCCUCCAGCAAAUCCUCAGCCAAAGCAGGAGGAGGAGAAGGAAGAGAAGCAGGAGAAAAGUAAAGGAGAGAAGCCUAGCCCUAACACAGAGACAGCUCCUGCUCCCCCUUUGCCACCUCCUGAGCCAAAGCCAAAAAAGCAGACACCAAAAGCAAAGAAGGAUCCACCUGUAGUGAAGCCUUCAGGCCCUGAGUCACGGCCUGCACCCAGCCGGGAGAUCCGCAACAUCAUCAAAAUGUACCAGAGCCGGCCAGCCCCUGAGCCCCAGCCUAUCGAGCCUGUCAGAAGAGUAUCCAAGCCAUUUAUGAAGAAGAAUGAUCCCAAAAAUGAGGCUCUGGCCAAGCUGGGAAUGAUGAACCUCUCAUCUCCCAAAUCACCAACACCCCUGCCACAAGAGAAGAAAACACCUCCACCUCUCAAGCCCAAGCCAGGCUCAGCUUCCAGCUGUAUCAAGGAGAAGCAGUUGCCUCUCCUGUCUAUCUUCAGCCAGGAGAGUACCCCACCUCCUGUUCCCCCUCCUCCCCCACCAUUGCCUUCACCUCUCCUGCCUGGGAACCAAGGCUGCCAGGAAUCCACAGGGAAGGACUCUGCUGUAACAGUAAAAGACGAUGGUAUCAAGACCCAGCUGUACAAGCUCACUACCAGUGUCAGCUUUUCCUAUGCCAACCCUGCCUGGAAAAUCUUUCUGCGCAAAGAGGUGUUUUACCCCAAAGAAAAUUUUAGUCACCCUUACUGUCUGAACUUGCUGUGUGAACAGAUCAUGCGCGACACUUUCUCUGAUUCCUGCUUUCGGAUCUCCAGGGAGGAGAAGCGCAAGAUGAAAGACCUGCUGAUGGAGUUCCGGGUUGGCAACGACGUCCAGUCCAUUCAGGAGGAUGGGAUAAAGAAGAGGAUUGUACUGGCUGCUCGGGAUAACUGGGCCAACUAUUUCUCCCGCCUUUUCCCAGUUCAUGGUGAAAAUGGAAGUGAUGUCCAAAUCCUGGGUGUUUCUCACCGGGGUGUGCGGCUGCUGAAGGUGGUGAAAGCAGCUGGCUAUCAUCCUGAGCACCUGAAGAUUCUUCGCAGCUACAGUUUUGCAGAUGUGUUGUCAGUGGAAAUGAAGGGCAGAAAUGCCCUGGAGUUCUCUCUGAAGACAGAGCAGCUCUUCCUGCACUCUCCAAAGGCUCCAUGCAUCAAGGCCAUGGUGGAACUCUUCAUCCAGGAGCUGAGACAGGAUACAAACUACGUCGUUGCUCUGCGCAGCUACAUCACAGAUGACAAGAGCCUUCUUACCUUCAAGAAGGGUGACCUCAUAGAGUUACUUCCCAUGCAAGGCAUGGAGCCAGGCUGGCAGUUUGGCUCCACUGGUGGCCGCUGUGGUAUUUUCCCCACCAGUCUGGUGCAAUUGGCUGCAGCUCCUGAUUACCUCAGCACCAGCAUGGACAGACACGGAGGGCUGCGGAAGAGCACGAAGGCUUCCCCAGAGAGCAGGAACACCAGCAGGGAGAGUUCUGUUCCAAGCCUCACAUCAGAACCCAACAGCACCAUGUUAGUCCCUGCUGGUGAUCGUUACACCAUGAUCGACUUCGCCACAGCCUACUUCCGCGAGGCUCAGUCCAUGCAGGGACUGAAGGGGAUGUCUGCUGAAAAGAAGAACAUAGCUGACCUGGUCCAGCACACCAAGGUCCCAAUCCAGGAGUCUUUACUCCGGUACUCUGACAGUGAGCUGAAUGAGCUUGCUACAAAGAACUUCAAGACUCUGAUGCGGUUCAUGGGGGAUCAAUCAAAACUCAAGAACCAGAAUGAGGUUGACUGCAUCUAUGAAAUCCUUAAGCUGUGCAAGGAGAAGGAGAAUUUGCAUGAUGAGGUCUACUGCCAGGUCAUCAAACAGGUCACCCACAACCCUAAACAGGAGAGCGUGCUGCGUGGCUGGUUGCUCCUAAACCUGCUAACUGGGUACUUUCUCCCUUCUAAUAUCCUGAUGCCCUAUGCCACCAAGUUUCUGCAGCUAGCCAGCAGUGAUCCAUCUAGCACCCACCAUGAUAUAGCCAAGAUCUGUCAGAGCAACCUGCGGAAAAAUUUCAUGUAUGGGGGCCGUCGCCACCUUCCUUUCCCUGUGGAAACAGAGGCAUUGCUGAAGGGGCACGGUGCCCGUCGGAUGGUGAUACUGAUGCCAGGAGGUGUGGAAUACCUCACCAGGAUCAAGACAUUCACUGUGGCCAAGGAGCUCUUGCAGGAGAUCUGUGAACAGAUGGGGGCAGGCGAACAGGAAGAGAUACAGGAAUUCGUUCUUCUUGCCAUCAGGAGUGACAGCAAUAAUCCUGACAAAACGGUGAGGCCGAUAAGAUCGGAGGAGUAUCUUCAUGAUUACCUGUUGGAGGACAAGUUGGUCACUGUGACUCUACGCAGGCUCACCUGGAGGACACCUCUGCACUUUGAGAACCAAAUUUAUACUGAUGUCCAUUAUGGACAGAUGCUGUGGGAUUACCUGAAUGGGAAGAUACUGUUGAGCCGUAGUAAAGAGAUGGAGAUGCAGGUGGGCGUUUUGGCAACACUCCAGCACUGGGCCAAAACAGAACGGAACAAGUCUGCUCUCUCCAGGGAAGAGCUGAGUGAGUACACACCAAAGACCCUGCAGUCCUCCAUCAGACUCCAGGCUCUGGAGAACCAUGUCGGCAUGUUGCUGAGAACCAGGCAGCCCCUCCAGCCAGUGGAUGCAAAAAUCCAGUUCAUAGAGCACAUGAUGAAAUUACCUUUCUUUGGCUACAACAUCUACUUUGUAGAGAGAGUCAGCGAUGACACAAUCCCUGUGCCCUGUUUCUUUGGUGUGAAUAAAGAGGAGAUCAUUGUGGUGGAUGACACCACCCAGGUGGUCUCCUGUGUCAUUCCAUUGAAAGAGCUGCAGAAUAUGCGAACCCUGCGGCCCGUCUCCGAUGGUGGCCUUCCCGGCAUAGAACUGAACUAUGGCUCGGCUGCCAGCCCCAAGACUAUGUGGUUUGAACUGUCACAGGCUAAAGAAAUGUAUCACAUGAUUGUUGUCAUCCUGGAUAAAACAGAGUUGCACCACUAGAGCCUAAGAGAAGACUGACCAAGCAGAACAGCACUGUUUUCCUUUCUUUGAGCUUGUUCAGUGCUCCCUGCCCUGUCUUCUGGAGAGGACUCUUCCAAAAGACAUCCAUGGUCUCUGAAAGCUGCUUUCUAAGACUGCCACCACAGUGUUUGUUGAUGGUUUGGACCAUCCCCUCCUGACCUGCCCUUCAGUCCUCAAGCACUCUUCUGUGAAGCAAUGCAUGCAGUGGCUAAAUAAACCCCAAAGACACCCUUUCUACACCACUGCUUUUUCAUAGCCUGUUCCAACACACAGCAGCUGAGCCUUCAAGCUAUGCAGUGUGGGACUCUUCUUUUCCUUUUUUAAUUAAUUAACAUGAGCAAAGACUGAUGCUUGCUAGAGAUUUGUGUAUCACAAUGCGCAGCUGAGGCUAUGAAAUAACUGCACUGGCUGCUGGUGUUUUACACAGGCCAGUUUUUUCUCUGUAUUGAUAUGCAAGAGGUCCAGUAGCAAGAUUUGUGAAGCAGAAGCCUGUAGAAAGCAUCUUAAUUGCAAAUCAGAUCAGUGUUAAUACACAGUUAACACAUAUGCUGGGGCACAGAUUGAGCUGCAAUGGUAAGAAAGUUUAUUGUUAAUUAAUUUCUUACGGACAUAAUUAUAUGCAUAUGUUUCCCUCUACUAUAAAGAAGCCAGUCAUGUCCAUGCAGCUGUCCUACUUCAAUGGUGGCUCCAUGCCCAUGGCGAAAGCGUAUUCAAAUGGAACUUGUAUUACAGUAGAGGAGAGCGUCCUGGGUUGUACAAAAAUGCUUAAUUUAUUUUUAUUGCUACAGCUCUCCUAUUGAACUGAAAAGUAUCUGCACUUCAGAUUACAAUAAAAUAAUCACAUAGA